AAUGGGGACCGCCGGCUCUCCCAUCCUGCGGAGCGGGGGGUGGGGAUCUCCCCGCCGCCGCCUGAGGAAUGUCAACUAUUCAACAUGGAGACGGCGGUUACCAGGCUCGAGACCAUGAACUUGCCCCUGUGGUGUAGUACUUAAAAACUUCAUCCUGAGAUGUUCGGCAUUGCAAAGGCAUCUAAAUUAGGAGGAGAUGGAAAUGUUUUCAUGUGUUUUGGGGAGCUGCAUGAAAAAGUUCCAGAAGGCAGAAUCUGACCUGGAUUAUAUUCAACACAGACUGCAGUUUGAAAUAUUGAAAAGUCUUCCUGAUGAUCUGGCACCAGAGGAAAAUCCAGUUGCUCUCUUGGAAGAACUCUCAGUGGUGAAAUCUCGUUACAAAAUGUUGUGUACACAGCUGAAAAAAGUUUUCAUAGAGCAGAGAGAAUCCAUGAAGCGCAUCCGUGCUGCUCUGGAGAACACAAUGAAGAUAGUUCGGGUGUUACAGGAACAUGCUGGUCUUGAGUGCUUACCCCUGUCAGCAGAACAGGCUGCAGCACAGCAGUUAACCUGCCAAACUGUUGAAGAAAUGGAAUUGCUAGUGGAAGAGCCAUCUUAUUCAGGAUCUACAGGCCCUGGCUCAGCUGAAGAGGAGCACUGAGUGUUUUGCAGAUGAACAAGAUGAAUAUGAAAGCCACUGACUCAAGAAUACAAAUCUUGAAAGAACUGGCUAUUGUAGAAUUUGACAAACAAGGAAAUGUUAAAUUGGUUGUGUGAAUAAAGGCUUGGACCAUGCUCAUUUGACACA